UUACUGAUUAUGGGAGGGAAAGCCACAAUCACAUAUCACCUGCGAGAACUCUUUCAGCCGUUCCCGGAGCUCUAGCGUUUCCAGCAUAGACAGAGAGACUAAAGAGGCUGUAACAACACUGCAGUUUGCAGAGUCAUAUGGGCGCAAGUCUGACUCCCUGCCUACACCGUGUCUGUGGGUGGGCACGAGUCUGGGCCUGGUGCUCAUCAUCCCAAUGUCCAUCCCUACGGACGAGCAGGAACGUCAGGAAGACCCUGUUACUGUGGCCCCUACUGGCACAGUGUUAAUGUUGAAGGGCUCUGUUCUGCGGUUUGGUUUCCUGGACUGUGGGGGUGCUCUUAUCAACAGUCCCUAUGAGGUGUGGCGGGACCAGCAUGCACCAGAUGACCCAGAUCGACCCCGCAAGAGGAAACUGGUCAACUUCUCACCGUCUUCUUCUCAAGAGGCCUGUGGAGAUGGUCACUUAGCGGUGGUGUGUUCGGAGAGGCAGGCCAAGGUCUUCUACAUGCCCUCACAGGCCUGUCUAUAUGUACACAACAUUACAGAGUCGUCCUUCGUGCUGCGGGCUGACGUGGUGUCAGUUUCAAACAGCGUAUGUCUGGCCUGCUUCUGCGCUAAUGGACACAUCAUGAUUUUGAGCCUUCCCAGUUUACGGCCUCUGCUAGAUGUGAGUUACCUGCCGUUAACAGACAUGCGCAUUGCCAGAACAUUCUGCUUCACCAACGGAGGGCAGGCGCUGUAUCUGUGCUCCCCCACCGAGAUACAGAGAAUCACUUACAGCCAGGAGAUGUGUGAGACAUUAGGGGAGCUUUUUACACCCAUCGAGACCCCUGAGGCUCAGAACCGUGGCUUUCUUAAGGGCUUUUUUGGUGGCAAUGCCCAAACCUUCGACAGAGAGGAGUUAUUUGGCGAGGCAUCGGCGGGUAAGGCAUCACGCAGCCUGGCACAGCACAUCCCAGGACAAGGUGGUAUAGAGGGCAUGAAGGCGGCAGCAGGCGGAGUGGUUGGGGAUUUGGCUCGAGCUCGCAUCGCCCUGGAUGAGAGAGGACAGAGGUUAGGGGAGCUAGAAGAAAGGACUGCUCUGAUGAUGACCAGCGCAGAAACUUUCUCUAAACACGCUCAUGAGCUAAUGCUUAAAUGCAAAGACAAGAAGUGGUAUCAGUUUUAG